CUGGGAAAUGUAGUUUAGAAGACCGGUGUUCCUGAAGGUGGUUAUCUCGUUAGCGGUAGAUAGCGGUAGCAACGAAGCGGAGGGAUUCUGGGCUGUUUGUCCUAGAGGUGAACCGCAUCAGUUUCUGAAGUAAGAAGUCCCUGGUUUAGGUUUGUCUGAAAAUCAUAUUAACUCCCGAGGAAGCUCUUUUUUUUUUAAAUGCAGAGGUGGAUUCGUUUUUGUCUCAUUUCGAUUCUGGAGCCCUCCAUGAGUCUGAAUGGACUUCCGCCACCAGUUCAUGAUGACAGCCGUGGGACCCACAGCCUGAAAACCCAGGUUUUUCUGGCCUCACCAAAUACUUGAAAAAAAUGGGGAAAGGUUAUAAAGUUGUGGUGUGUGGAAUGGCUUCUGUUGGGAAAACUGCCAUUUUGGAGCAGAUUCUGUACGGUAACCACACUGUUGGCAUGGAAUGUAGUUCAACUGUAGAGGACGUGUACGUAGCUCUGGCUGAAACAGACCGAGGAGUAAAGGAACAGCUUCGUCUAUAUGAUACCAAAGGUGUGGAAGGAGUUGAGCAGUUCCCCAGACAUUACUUCUCUAUUGCGGAUGGCUUUGUUUUGGUGUAUGCUGUGAAUAGCCUGGAAUCCUUCCAGAAACUUGACCAGCUCAAAAACGAAAUUGACAAACUCAAAGACAAAAAGGAGGUGUCAGUAGUGGUUUUGGGGAAUAAAACUGACCUUGUGGAACAAAGACAAGUCACAACUGAAGUAGCACAGCAAUGGGCCAAGCUUGAGAAAGUGAAACUCUGGGAGGUGACGGUGACGGAUAGAAGGACGCUGACGGAACCUUUCAUCAUGCUAGCAAGUAAACUCUCUCAGUCCCAGAACAGAUCAACAUUUCCUUUGCCUGGCAGGAAGAAUAAAGGAAAUAAUGGAGACAGCUAAAAUAGUCCUCCAGGAAUGAACUUCUUGAAUUUCUGUUUCCUCCUGGGGCAUUUCUUUCACCCCUCCUUUGUGCCUCAUGAAGUAUAGCAGGAUAUUUGACAAUAAAAUUGGUGAACGGCGGGCAA